AUGAAGUCCGCCAGCAGACUAUUCUACCUCUCCGUCUUCGCACUCUGGGCAGCCCCCGGAUCUUGUGAGGCCGACGCCAAAAGCGAAUGCGCAAUUUCUCCCAAAUCAAUUGUUCAAGACGCAUGCGCUUCUUAUGCGACGCUGGAGAAGCUCAACGAACGAGUCAAGCCCGCCCUCGACGAUCUCACUCGAACCACUGAUUUCUUUUCGUACUACCGACUAAACCUCUUUAACAAGAAGUGCCCAUUCUGGGAUGAUGAGAAUGGCUUCUGUGGCAACAUAGGAUGUGCUGUGGAGACGCUUGACAACGAAGAAGAUAUACCUGAAGUGUGGAGGGCGAAACAAUUGUCGAAACUAGAAGGCCCCCUUGCCAAGCACCCUGGCAAACAAGAACGAAAGAGGCACCCCCAAAGACCGCUACAUGGUGAAUUAGGUGACGAUGUUGGGGAGAGCUGUGUGGUUGAAUAUGACGACGAAUGCGACGACCGAGACUACUGCGUUCUGGAAGAUGAAAGCGCAUCGUCUAAAGGUGACUAUGUGAGCCUGCUCAGGAACCCUGAGCGCUUCACAGGGUAUGGUGGAGAGGGCGCCAAGCAGGUCUGGGACGCCAUAUAUCGCGAGAAUUGCUUCCAGAAGAGCUCAUUCCCUCAUUCUGCCAACCUGGGCAUGUCUUUGAACUACAAUCCCGCGGCCCUGGACUUCAAGCACGUCAUGGACGCCGCGGGUCGGCAGGCUCAGCUUGAAGCCCAGCGCCUUGAGCACCCCAACAUUCCGUUUGUUGCCAGCACGGGUUACGAAGCUGAAGAUGAAUGCUUGGAGAAGAGGGUGUUUUACAGGGUGGUGUCUGGAAUGCAUGCGAGUAUCAGUGCCCACCUCUGCUGGGAUUUUUUGAACCAGACCACUGGAGAAUGGCAGCCCAACGUGCAAUGCUACAAGGACCGCCUCCACGGAUACUCUGACCGAAUCAGCAACCUGUACUUCAACUACGCGCUUGUCACCCGAGCUGUGGCCAAACUCGGCCCAUAUCUGCGAGAAUCCGCAUACACAUUUUGCACAGGCGAUCCAGGGGAGGACCUGGCCACUCGAGCCAAGGUGGAUGAGGUGACAAGGAAGGCUGGCAGUAUUCCUCAGAUUUUUGACGAGAGUCUGAUGUUUGUCAAUGGCGAAGGCCCAUCUCUUAAGGAGGAUUUCCGCAAUCGAUUCCGCAACAUUAGCCGACUUAUGGAUUGCGUCGGGUGCGACAAGUGCAGACUCUGGGGCAAGAUUCAGACCAAUGGCUACGGCACUGCGCUCAAGGUGCUAUUCGAGUUUGACAACAACAGUACCAGCAUCCCGGUGCUCAAGAGGACGGAGCUUGUUGCCCUCUUCAACACAUACGCCAGAUUGAGCGAGUCUAUGCGGGCCAUCGGAAAAUUCAAGCAGAUGGUGGAUGCAGAAAAUGGCAAGCCACCGGCAGUGAAAACCGAGUCCGGGCUUUUUGAACACGAAACCAUCAAGUCAGAGCCGGAAGAGGUGAAUGCGUUCGACGAAGCCGACCUAGGAGGGCCAUGGAAAUUGCUUCAUGAGAUGCAGCGACGUGGACCCAAGAGCGAUUCUUUUCGGGACCAAUUCUCGCAUGAGAUGGCGCUCUUCAGGCAAUCUCUCCGGGUGGUUGUCCAUGGGUGGUGGCACGGAUCAAUCUUGAUAUAUCGCAUUGCUGUGGGCGAAGCAUAUCGCCUCUGGCUCUAUUUCCUCGGACUACAACCACCGCCAGGUUUGGUCGAAUAUAGAUGGGCACCGAGGGACAAGAAGAAGGAGUUGUAG